CGGAGGCGCUCACCAUUAGACAUCGCUGCUUAUGUUGUCUGCUGAGAGUGAGAAAUCGCGCGCGAUGUUUUUAUGAAGUUGAAAGACACAAAAAAAUGAAUUCGUACACGUUCAAAGAUGUUUCAAAGCUUUUGAAAGUAAAAGCUAAAGCCAAAUCCAAGGGCGAAUUGCGAGAACUUGCCAGUUGCUGCAAUGUUCUGGGUGAACUCUAUCAACAACAAGGAAAGUACGAAGAUGCCAUCGCCGAACAUGAGGAAGAGCGUAAAAUAUGCAAACAACUCAAUGAUUGCAUUGGAAUUGGCAUUGCCCAUCGUAAGAUUGGGGAAGCCUUAAACGAACUUGGACAGUAUGAAAAUGCUUUGAAACACCAACAGAAUUAUCUAGCUUUAGCAAAUAGUGUUGACAAUAAAUUAGAAAUUCAGCGGGCUCUUGCCACUAUUGGUAGGACACAUUUCUGCCAUGCCGAAGCAUUGACAACAAACAACAGAGUUCUUUACGACAAAGCAUUAGAUAGCUCUAAGUUGUCCUACCAGAAAAGCUUGGAGCUCUGUGAGAGGCUUAAAGAAGUGGUUUCAGAAAGAGAUUAUAUGCAAAUGAACUCAAGACUGCUACUUAAUUUAGGCCUUGUUUGUGAUCUUCAGCAACAAGAUAGUGCUGCUGUUAACUAUUUUAAAAAGGCAAGCUACAUAGCUGACAAAUACAAUUUUAGAGAAGAUCUGCAUCGAUGUCAUUACUCACUGGCAUUGUUCUACCAAAGAAGGAAAAAUUUCAGCCAAGCGAAAAGAGAGGCAGAGAUGGCCGAAAAAGUUGCUUUCCAGCUUAAAGAUAAGGCACUAAUUUGUGAUGAUCUUGCCUUAAAAGCGCAACUUUUCGUCAUUAUGGCUGAUUUUGAAUCUGCCCGAAGAUACUUACUUAAAGCGUACAGACAAAAAAGUCCGGUCAUCCAGGACCACGAACGAAUCGAAAAUGACUUACGAUCAGCAAUUAAGCUGUGUAAGUUGCAAGACAUGUGCUGUAUCCUUUCAGCAAAUGAAGAGGAGAAAUUGUUGAGACUGCAUGAAAAAAUGGGAGAUCUUUGUUCUUCACUCAAAGCUUACCCCAGGGCUAUUGACUUCUACCUGAAAAUGUUGACUAAAGCUCAGGAGCUUAGGUGGUCGGCCAAAGACAUCAAUCCAAUUUAUGUGUCAUUAAGUCAAACUUAUAUGGACGUAAAAGACUACAAAAAUGCCAUUAAAUACUACAAGAAGGAAUUGGAAAAUUACGAAGAAAACCCCGCUGAGUCUUGCCGCACGCUUCUUAAUAUAGCAAAUGCCCUGGAAGAGGAUGGCGCAACCUAUUACGAGCUAGAACCUUUGUACCAACAAGCCUUAGACUUGGCAGUGAAGGCUGAGAACCCACGGUUAAAAGCCACUACAUUGAAUUCUUUGGCAGUCCUUCACGAAAUGAAUGGCUACAUAGAAAAAUCUCAGGAAGCUAUGGCGUCUGUAAAUCAAAUUUGUUCGGACCACAACAUCGAUCUCGAUGAUGAAUCAGAAGCUCCUGAGUCGCAAACUAUUCGAAAUAAUCUUUUUGAUUUCGAGGACGAGAUUGAUUUGGAUGAAAUCUAUGACGAUGAAAGCGACGAAGAAUCAGAGUCGUUGGAUAAUAACAGAGGAAGAAGGAGACCUAAAAGGAACAUAGAAAAACUCAACGUAAAAGGCGAAACAGCACUCCACCGUGCUUGUAUUAAACAAGACAUCGAUUUGGUCCGCCUUCUGUUACAACAGAAACAUAAAGUCAAUGUUCGUGAUAACUGUGGAUGGACUCCACUUCACGAAGCUUGUAACUAUGGCGAUGUUGAAAUAGUGCAACUGUUGAUUGACAAUGGGGCAACAGUGAAUGAUCGUGGAGGAAAGCACUGUGAAGGUGUUACGCCAUUACACGAUGCCGCAUCUUGCGGUCACAUUGAUGUCAUGGAUGCUCUACUUCGGAAUGGAGCUAAUCCAUUGUCAAAAACUGAUGCGGGAGAAUCGGUAUACGAAUGCUUAUUGAAAUGGAGACUACGAACGGGAGGUGACUUGGAUUCUGCAACGCUCAAGGAAUGCCUCAAUAUGGAACGAAAACUUUCAGAUUCUAUGAGAAAAGCAAAUCACGUUGUUCCGUCAAUGAAAGAAAUCGAACACAAACAUUCAAGCACUUCAGCCCUCAUUCCCGAAGAAGACAUUACUGGAAAUUCUUUCCAAGAAGUUGAAUUAACCCGUGUGGGCCCAAGCGAGCCAGAAAUGGGAGGCCCCGCAAAAUUUAGGGAAUCUAAAGAUAAACGAUUGGCAUCUUCGGCAGCUCAGAAAGAGUACGCCGAAGCGAUGAAAGUGAUUGGAAGCUCGUCCUCUGCGCGGCGGUCAACAGCAGUGAGUGGUCCGACUAAACGGAGUCGGAUACACCAGCCUGCACUGGUUUUGGAAGAAGAACUAGUAGACGAAUGGAUCGAAAACGAUCUUCCAUCUCCAACGCGGAAGUCGAGUAAAAAGUCGAAUUUCACAUUCCCAGUUCACAAACCGAAUAAUCAAUCAGACAAAGAAAAAACGCCGACAUCGACUUCCUCUCGGCUCAACAAGCAUUCAUCAAGAUUAAGUUUGAGUAACAGAAGGAAAUCAGGCGCCCCAUCUUUAGAUUUUGAAGGUGUCACAGUCAGUGAUGACGACAUAGAGGUGGAGGUAAUGCUGCCUUCAGCAAAACGGGCUAAACCCUCCCCAAGUUUUAUUCAUACUAGUGAUGAUAGCAACGACCGUGCUUCCCCAAUACUGUCAGUAUCAAAACGACCGAAAAAGCCCGUUCAACUUUCCAUGUAUGACUUCGCUGAGGUCAAUGCCCAUACAGAGGACAAUAUUCAAGCCCCCAAGAAAGCUGUUAAUAAGUCGUUCAGCUCGGUUCAACAGCAAAACCCUUCUACAAGCGUUCUGAAAUUGUACGUGCGGAUUCAAGACAAGGUAUUGCUCAUCCCAGUGGAACGGAGCAAAUCUGUGCAGUGGCUAUCAGACGAAGCAGCGAGGAGGUACUACAAUAUGACUGGUCUCAACCCCGUUUUAUCGCUUCAUACUAUGGACGGCGCAGUAUUGAAUGGAGAAGAUGAAGUCACAUUGAUACUUCAAGAUGGAGACAAAAUUGUUGGCCAAAUGGUCAAAUGGGAUCUGCAACCCUUGCCAGAGCGAUAUUCCAAUUUGUGUUGCCAACUUGAAGUUGUACGACUUGGCGAAGUCGACUCGGUGUUGACUAAUGCGCAAACCGGUGGCAAAUUAUCGUUAAAUCUUCCUUUGGGUCCCUCCCUCCUUCCCGUCGUCAAAGCACUGCGAUAUCAGGAAAGCUUAUGGGAUUUGGAUCUUUCUUCCUCAAAACUGGACGACCAUGUCUUACAGAGUCUUUGUGAAGCCUUGUCCACGCUGCCACACUUGGUGAAUCUCAGCUUAAAGGGCAAUUUGAUAACGGCAGCCGGCCUUACUCGCCUAGCAGAGAGCUUACAAGAGGAAAACGUCACAGGAAUGAAGAAGCUGCAAAGGAUUAACUUGAGCUACAACCCAAUUGGAGAUGGAGCGUCGUAUCCACUAACCACCUGUUUUCAACACAUGUCUGCGUUACGCAGUUUGCAAAUGGAAUCGUGCGAUCUGACGGAUCGUUUUCUAAGCGACCGCAUUUCUCCUGUGUUAAAACGCAAAAAGCUUGAAGACCUAAGCAUUGGAUUCAAUGAGUUCUCGUCCUCUGCCAUUUCAUCGUGGAUGCAAGUGCUGGAUUUUAGCUGCUUGAAAUCCCUUUCAUUACAAGCUCUCUCUUGUGAUCGGCUGGUAAACAUUUUGUGCAGCAGUAUCCAGGCCGUCGAAAGUUGCACACUAAUUGAGAUGGAUUUGUCACACUGUAAUUUGACGGACUCAUGCAUUGAACGACUAGGGCAUGUCUUUAGUCAUACGCCUCAACUGAAAAAACUUACGCUUAAAAACAAUAACAGAUUAGGGAUUGAUGCAGUGGCUGACCUACUUGAUUGCUGUCGGAUGAAGUGGGUCCAUAUUGAAGAAGUAGAUCUCCUUGGCUGCGCACUAACUCGUUCAGAUUCAAAAGAUAAUGGAAGAUGUGUUGAAUCUCUCCGCUCCUUCCUUGCAUGGUCCAAAAGUUUGCAUCGACUCAGUUUGUCUUUCAGUAGACACAAAAGUGACCCGACAUGGAUCCCGUUUCUCACAGAAGUUUGGAUAUCGGGCCAUGAUAGCGAGGUGCUCGUAAAACAACCCACAGAACAUCAACUAAUAUUGACUACGCCCAGCUGUUCAUAGCAAUGUAAAUACCCUUUUGGCAACAAUCGAAAAUCGUGCGAUUAAAGUUUUCGUGUUUUAAGUGAAAUAAAUUUGUUACAGCACAA